AUGUUCAAUAAACCAUCGUUGAUGCAAUAUCCGGUGGUGAAGGCAUUCCCGCUUGCUACGGUUGGAGUUGACGAUCCUAGUUCCAUUACGAUGAAGAGCUAUUGCUUGGAAGAACCGAUGCUAGUGACUAGACUCGUUGGAGGAGGAACCGUCGUUAGAAAUGUUCACAUAGAAGCUCCUCUUUCAUCUCGUUGGCCUUUCGGGAAGGAAGUAAGGCACUCAUCUCGGUCUCGGUGCCCGAAGAAAGCUGUCGGUGUCGGGUUUUCGGGAAUUGAAUCCAUAGUAGAACGACACCCACCAAAAGCUCGCCCGCCCUUGAAUAAGCGAGUAAGGCAUGGGCACGUUGGAGCGAUCACGCUUUGA